CUUACUCUAUGGUGAUUCUGAAAACUAUGAAAUUAUUAAUCACAAUGACUUUAACAAUAGCACCAAUGAUGGCUUCAACAACAGCUUUAAUAAUGAUUCUAUAACAGCUCUAAUGAUAGCUUCAUGA